UGUGGCAGUCCUAGUUUCCAAGGAAGUCUGGCUGUGGAUCUGGGCCCAGUCUUCUGACAUACUGGCCCUGUUCAGAAAACACCUUAAACUACGGCUUUAACCACGGUGAGUAAGACUUUUUGCCUUAUUCAUCAUGGUUAAAGCUGUGGUUUAAGGUGUCUUCUGAAAAGGGCCACCAUGAUCUAGUUACUAGAUUAGGACUCCUUGAUAAGAUUUGAAGUCAUUUUACAUGAGUUUCCUAUGCAGUUUCCAACUUUUUCUGGGCUAUUGUUCAGAUAUGAUGAAGACGGUGGGAGUGUGACUGAAGCUAACGAAGACAAUCAGAAAAAAGAAUGGAACAACUUCUAUAAGAAACAAAUGAAUUUGCGCAAGGGAAAAGAACCUGCAAAAGACAACUUUGUCCCUCCAGAUGCUGAUUGUCCUUUGAAGGAUGCAGCCAGCAGGAAAAUAGCCAGAAUCACAGUGAAGGCUAGAGAACACUGCCUGAAGAUGCUGGAAGAAGCACUGAGCAGCAACCAGCAAGCAGUACCAGAGAAAGAUGGCCCAGAUCCUCUAACAUGUGCUGUGGAAAUGGAAUACGAGGCUUUCCAGACCAGUAAGAUGGCAAAUCUGUACAAGGCAACUGUUCUAAAGAAGGUAGCAGAAAUUAAUAAAGCUUCCAAAGACGGGGAACUCUAUUCCACCCUUGCCUUGGGAGUCCAGGGCAGUUCCAAGAUGAAAGCUGAACCAACUGCACCAGUCGAGGAUGAGUUCUUCCAAGCAUCCAAAGUGAAUACGUUCAAACCCAAGAGGGUAGGCAUUGGAUUUCGAAAGACAUCGGGGGUAUUCCAGUCUGCUUCAGAAAUUCUGGCUGCCAAAGAAGAAGAUGUAGUUAAUCCUGUGAAGGAGAUUAGUCCAAACUGGAAGGGAGACUGUAGUGAUGACCCUGAACCUGUGAACAUUGAUAACACACUUGAGAACACGGUGAAAGUGACCAAAGACCCUGAGAAGAAGGGACAGCACAGCACUUCCAAUGCUAUAGCCUCCUUGGAAGUUAGUCCCACCAAAAAGGGCAAAGCUACUAAGACACAGCUGCUGAUGGCAGAAGCAGCUAAGAAAGAAUCUCAGAACAUUGUCAAAUUCUUCUCCAUCCCUAAAGCAGAAUCUAAGGCCUUGGCUGCAGAGUGUGGUGUCGCAGAAGAGGAAAGCAGUUAUCUUAGCGAACUACCUCAGUUCCUGCAUGAGGAGAAAGCAGGGUCUUGGGAAACUGAAAUUGUCUCCAAAGAAGAAAUAGUUAGCUUAUCCCAGAUAAAAGAGCAGGGAUCCGAGAAAACAGAAGGAGGUCUGGAUUUGCAAAGUCAUAGCUCAGGAAUAAAAUCUUCAUGUUCCGGAUCAGCCACUGGAAAACCAAGCAAUAAAUCUUUGGUUGAAGACGAAAUGGCAAACAGUUGUGGAAACCAUAAUGGAAAGAGACCGGGGUCAGCUGAGGACCUGGAGAGCCCUGGUGAAAAAAGGCUACGGAUGAUGGCUAAGUCUCCUAUCUCGUGGCAGUCGGAUGGGGAUACUGGUGGGCUAGCAAAAAAGAAAGUCACUUUCGAUCCAAACUUGUCACAGGUUGAUAAAGAAGGAACAACCAAAAGCAUCCAGCCAACGACAAAGGCAUUAUCACUUAAGGAAACAGCAGAUAUUGUUGUAAAAUACUUAACCCCUUUCUAUAAAAGUGGCAAAUUUGCGUCCAAGGAUCUGUUUAAGGGGUUUGCCCGGCAUCUCUCUCACUUGUUGGCUGCAGACAAGACUCCUCUCCGCAAGACUGUGAAAGAAGAAGCACAGAGACUGAUCAAGAUAUUUUUCAAAACCCGGGGCAAAUGUGAAAAUGAGGCAGACUGGCAGGAACUAACCAGCUUGGAAACAUGACACAUGUAAUGCACCAGUUCUCUCUGCUUCUGUGGUUGCUGGACCCACUUCCCUAGAGGCUUCACUGUAGCUGUGCUUUGUGACAAUAUAAUGGGAGUUCUGGGUGGGGCUCAGCAGAGAACAAGCCUGGGAAAAAUGCCUUUGGUGAUUUCAUCUGCACAACAGACUUUCUCUGUCUUGAGACAAUGCUCUCACAGCCCUGUUAGAUGUCAUAUGAUGGCAAUCCUCUUUGCUUCUUUUAGCAAAUACAAAGAGACUGGAACUAUUGGGCUAGGAAUCCUUUUGUUACUGAAGAUUCUCCCAUCCCACCCCAAUCUUUUAAUAUGGAUUUUACCAGCACCAUCUUUAAAUAGCAGAAAUAUACCUGGGUUACUCAGGGUCACUGUGCUGUGGGAGCAAGUUUAUAUAGGGUACAGUUACUUUGGAGAAAACUGUUUAGUUUGACAUUGGGAGACUGGAAGAGUUGUUUUAGCCAGGUCCCUUUUUGAUUUUUGUUGUUUUAAGAUGUUGUCAUUUUCCUUUUAUUCUGUAAAGUGUCCUCUUGCACUAGAAUAAAAAUGUAAGCCCCUACACUCCGCAACAAGAAUGAGAAGUGUUGGCAGGGACAGCGCUCUGACAGAAUCUUCUCCCUGUUGGUAAUACAGUGUAGAUUAAAGUAUAUUAAGGGCAUAACUAAAGAUAGCAUUAACACGAGUAUAACAGCAUCCAGGUAACUAUCCUUUAAAACAAAAAAGCUGCUUUGGUAGGAGGUGAUUUGGCUUAAUGCACUAUGGGGGAGGGUUGUUGGUGCUUGACCCUACCCCUGCCUGCUGCUUUAUUGCUCCAAAUUGCCACUCCAACUACUCUGCCCGGGCAUGAGAUUUCAAAUGCAUGUUUGCUGGCAUCCAUCCUCUGCCUGUGGCCAUCAGGUUUGUUAUUUGGAAUUUAUUUUUAAGGAGAAAAUGGUGUUAAUUUUUUCUUUCUUCUGCUUCUCCAUGGCUGGAUGGCAUGUCCUUAUUUAUAGGAGCAGGAAUCAUCAGACCCUUUCAUUUAUAAAUGCCAUUAGCUAACCCAACAUGUUUAGCUAGGAGUUUUACCUUUCUGUGAAAUCUCAGGAAUAAAUAUAGGCCAUGGGCUAAUACCCACUCACCACUCCAAAGAUUCUGUUGUCAGUUUCCAAUGUAUAUAUUCCCUUUUUGUGCACCAAAUAGCUGUGUCUAAAUGGUGAUAUUUAAAGAGGCAAGGGCACCUCUGUCUGAUCUAUUUGCAUGAACAACUGCAGUUGCAAAUGGGAAGGCCUAAUAUUAAGGAAAAUUGCCAUUGCAGUGUUGUUAUACUUUAUGUAAUAGUGUAUUACUUUGCAUUACAUUGCAUUUCUGUGUGCAUAUGGAAUAAGCCCAAAUGAUCUGAGCCCUUACAUAUGUUAUUGACAUAUGAUUUCAGUGGGUU